GUGGGGGGGCGAGACAGCCCAGCGGAUCCUGUGUCCUCAGUUAUAGAUCUGUCCCAGCCAGCUAGCCGGUAAGGUUCGACCCCGCCCCAGUCUCCCUAGGCAGGAAGCGAGUGGGCUGGUGGAUGAAGGCAGGGAAUGAAGAGGAGGCUUUCCGUGAGCUAGCGGUGUAAGCGGGGGGCAAAGAGAGCAGGUAUGGCUCGCUCCAGGCGAAUGGGGAAGGGAUACUGACCAAAGGAAGUGCUGCGGUGGGAGAGGAGGAGGAGGAGGAAUGGGCAAUAGUCUCCGUGGCAAAGGAAGAAGUGGGGAAAGCUAGUAGUGCCGGUGCACGGAGAAGGGUUGCCCCCAAGGAGAAACUUGUGGAAGGGAAUGCUUCGGUAAAAGCGGGAGAGCGACAGGAGAAUGUCAGCCAAGAAAGCGGUGGGUCGGCUGUCGAGAGGCAGCUCUGUCCCACUUGUGGGACUCGGCUGCCGAUGCCAGGCGAUGGAAAAACAGGUCGGUCGUUCUUUGAGGCAAGGAGAGUGUGCGGGUGAAUUACUGGGGAAAGAUUGAGAGAAAGGGGAUGGGGAGACCGCAGUUGGGCCACAGCUUGUGAAGCACAUGCAGAGUUGACAGGGAGGAAGGAGAAGGGCAGGGCUUCCAACCAGCUGGAGAGAGAGAAAAGCAAAGAAACGUCUGUAACCUCUCCCAGCUCGCCCCGUCUCCCUCUACACUCUAGCACGGCAAAAAGAGCAGAGAGCAGCCAAGUGGCUCGAUGCAGCUAUUUGCUUCCUGAUUGUGCUCCACCCCAUAACUCUUUGCUGGCAAAGUUCAAAUCAGCAAGGAGUGGGAUUGCUGACUCAGCUGGAGAUACGCUUUUCCAAUUAGCACCUAACCUGCACAUAAGAAAAAAAAUGGUUACUCUCCUCUGACGGACAGCACCAUGGAGGAACAACAAUAUCACUUUCCAGAACAAAGAAACUCCAGUCUCUGAACAAGGAGAGACUAUUAUUGGCUUCUACCUGCUGGCUUUAGUUUGGAUAUUAAAAGUAAUUCACCUCAUUAAAGCAUCAGUGGCUACAAAGAAAGUUUGAAAUCAGAUAACCCAAUCAACAUCAUGGUGCCAGGAAGACCUUGCUUAAACACCCUCCAGCGAGGCGAGCGAUGCCGGAGUUGAGAAUGGGCAGCAGCAGGCAAUGAGAAGAGGCAGCAGAGAGCACCAAAUAGAGAGCAGAAAGAAGGGGCAGACGUUCAAGCCAGGCGUGCGGGGCCCUAGAAAACGCGGGGCCCGUAACAAAUGCUACAUUUGCUACUAUGUUAAUCCAGCCCUGAGUAUUUUGAAAAACCCAAAUUAAAUCUGAAAUGCUCAGGAUUUAAGACAACACACAGGUCACCUAUAGGAUUGUUUGCAGAAAUGAUGGCACUUCAAGCUGGGUGGCUCUGACCACAAGCCCAAAGCAGCAAAACUUCUCGCCUGGAACCUUUUACACCCUUCUGCCAAGAGGGUUGGAUGUCUUGGUUUGGGAACAGCAUUGUUAUUUUUGUACUAUACAAGCAGCGAGCUGUCCUACAGCCCACUGAUUACCUGACAUUUAAUCUGGCUGUAUCAGAUGCCAGUGUGUCUGUCUUUGGUUACUCCCGGGGGAUAAUUGAAAUAUUCAAUGUAUUUAGAGAUGAUGGAUUCCUUAUCACAUCAAUAUGGACUUGUCAGGUAGAUGGAUUUCUGACACUGCUGUUUGGUCUUGCUAGCAUUAAUACUCUCACAGUGAUUAGUGUGACCCGCUACAUAAAAGGGUGCCAUCCCGAUAGAGGGCAUUGUAUCAGCAAUAGCAGCAUCUCUGUGGCCCUUUUCCUUAUUUGGAUAGCAGCGUUCUUCUGGUCCGUAGCUCCAGUCCUGGGAUGGGGCAGUUACACAGAUCGCAUGUAUGGAACAUGUGAAAUAGACUGGGCAAAAGCCAACUUCUCAACUAUCUACAAGUCUUACAUUGUGUCCAUCUUCAUCUGCUGUUUCUUCCUGCCUGUCUCGGUCAUGGUUUUUUCAUAUGUAUCUAUCAUCAAUACAGUCAAGUCAAGCCACGCACUAUCGGGUGUGGGUGAUCCAACUGAAAGGCAGAGGCGUAUGGAACGAAGUGUCACAAGGGUUUCCAUAGUCAUUUGCACAGCUUUUAUCACCGCAUGGUCUCCAUAUGCCGUCAUAUCAAUGUGGUCCGCCUAUGGUUAUUCUGUGCCCAAUUUAACCAGCAUCCUCGCCAGCCUCUUUGCAAAGUCUGCUAGUUUCUACAACCCCAUCAUCUACUUUGGAAUGAGCUCCAAGUUCCGGAAGGACAUUUUCAUCUUGCUUCACUGUGCCAAAGAAAUCAAGGACCCUGUGAAGCUUAAGAGAUUCAAGAACCUCAAGCAGAAGCAGGAGAACUCACCUUCUCAGAGAGAAGAGAAAUAUGCAGCAGAUGUUCAGCCUGCUCUAAGUCCAGAUUCUGGAGUGGGGAGUCGUUCUAAUACCCCUCCUCCUGUAAACAGGGAGGUAUAUUUUGGUGCUUUUGAUAGCCCAUCCAACAAUCCUGACAUUGAAUGUGACAGACUGUGAACACUCAGGCUGUUCAUGAUGUACAGCCUGGGAAUGUAACCAAAAGCAUUCUACUUCCUUCCUUUACCUCUGUCCUUUCCUUUAGCAGUGAUGACAUGCCAGUUCAACUUGGAGUGAAGCAGGAAACAUAAAACCAAAACUAAAACCAUAUGCAGUAUAUAUAGGAGGGUUAAAAAAUUGCUGUGAAGCAGAUUACACAUAAAGGAACGCAAGAAGUCUUGUGUGAGCAGGGAUUCAUUUCCCCUCUACAAUGUUAAAACCUCCUGAAGCCUUUGGAGUCAGGUGGUAUAUAAAUUAAUUAAAUAAAAUUGCAAGUGAAAGAUGUUUUUCUAGAAAAUGUGUCCACUGGCAUGUGAAAAAUCAUUAAUAUUUUCUCCACCUACUUACUACAAUUACAUGUUAUAUAUUUCUCUGCCAUUUUUAUUCCUCUUUCAGAAUUCUGGCUUUGUCCCUGCUCUCACAAGAGAAAGGCACCUUUGGCCAAUCGUACUGGAGUGCUGUCCCACAUUCAGCCACCAGAGGGUGGACAAUAGCUAACAUACUCCCUAUGGGAGACUAAACAUUUUACAUGCCCAGUGCUAAACAGAGCUGGAACCCUAAUGCUUGUUUGACAGACGGUUUUGAUUUUAUGACCAAUAAAAUGUUAAGGGCUUAGAAUGGUAAAAUGUUGAAACAAUUCCUUAUCUUAACUACAGUAUAUAGGCACUACCAUGCCUGUAUAAGCUGAGAGUGUCUCAGGCUAUUGAACCUGCAGUCUUGAUUCAUGAAUUGUAGUUGAGACAUGGAAUGUACCCUUAGCCAGUUUGGUAACACAACUUCCCCAUAUGGUUUUUACUGUAAUAGACAUACCUGACACUGACUAAUAGACACCAGUCACUAUUGCUAAUAGUGCCGGCCUUAGCCAUUUUUGCACCUGAAGUGUGGAGUCAAAACCUUGACAUGUUCCUCCUGCUCAUUUUUAAGGACUGUCACAGAUCCCACUGUGCUGCCACCACAUGUCACAGCCCAGUCUCAAAACAGCCCCGUGAUCUUCUGCUUCACAGCUACCACCAAGUAGACUUUUGUAUUUUAUUUUUCCUGGCUGGGACUACUAAAACAGCCUUCCAAACCUCUGUCUUAUUCAAAGAUAGGUAGGGUGGAAAGUCUUCUUAGCAUGGGAUGAAGAAACAGAGAGCAGCUGCCCAGAGACGUAAGUUUGGGCGGGGUAUAAAUCUGAUAGAUAGAUAGAUAGAUAGAUAGAUAGAUAGAUAGAUAGAUAUUUUUAACUUCAAAACAAGAAAACUUUUCUUUAAAAUAUUUCAAUUCAAAACAAUAUUUCUUUUGGAAAUUUUCAUACAAAACAGCAACCAUAAGAGCACAAGGACAAAAUUAAAUAGGAGCAAAAUGUAUCCAAUCUAUCCUGCACUAAUACUGGGGCCCCACUCAAAGUGCUUACCAAGAAUCCUCUUGUAGUCACUCCUGGUCAGCUUCUGCAGCAAGCCUGGCUUGUCCCUUGCUCAGUCUCAGGUCCUGCUCUUCCUUCUCAGUUCUGGGGGUUCAAUCCCAGAGGACUGUUUCUUCAGCUUCUUUAGGAGUGAUUCAUUCUGCCACUCUCCCAGUGAUUUCUCAGCUCUCUCUUCAGCACAUACUAACCAGCUCUUUCAGUUGGACUCUUCAGCUCCCCAGCUUGGACUCUCUUCAACUCUCCAGCUUGCACUAAAAUUCUGCUGAAGGCAACCUUCUUAUAUUCUCUUUUUUCCUCCAUUUCUUUCAAACAAACCAAUCAAUACAACAUAACAACUUUGGGUAUAUUUUAAAACACUCCCAAUCAAAUCAAACCCUCUCUUCCUUCCAAAAUUAAACCAGUACAAUUCUUCUCCCUCCAAAACCAAACUAGAACAGGAGCUGUGAACUUUUAACCCCUGCACAGCUUUUUAACAUAGGGAGUAAGCAAAGCAAUUGCAAUACAGCAAUCUUAUAUACAAAAAGAGGAAGUUCAGGCAUCAUUUCUUCACAAGGGUAUAUAAAGAUGGCCACUGAAGCCAGGAAAAUUGUAUCCUCUCUGGAAUCUGCUUUCAAAAGCAACUUCUUAAUAUCAAAACUGGUUUUCGGGAUGGUAAUAGAUAAUUUUAUUGUUUACUUGUAAAUAUUCUCCAGCAAAGCAAGACAUUCAUAUGUGAGAAGCUGGACUAUUUAUUAAUAUUGUUUACACAGGAUAGGUGUUAUUGACUAGUUUGUUUUAUCCAGACAUCGAGAGAAAUAAUAAAUAAAUAAGAUGGAUCCUUGUCCCCAAAGGGCUUACCGUCUAAAAGAAACAUAAGAUAGACACCAGCAACAGUCACUGGACGUACUGUGCUGGGCGUGGAUAGGGCCGGUUACUCUCCCCCUGCUAAAUAAAGAGAGUCACCACAUUAAAAGGUGCCUCUUUGCCAAGUUAGCACGAGUUGUUUAUCCAGCUAAAAAAAGAAUGUUGCAUAUGUGGGGGGGGGGAGGGUUGACUGACAAAACUAUAAAAAUAAAAGACAUGCUUUGAAAUUAUUGUUAAAUAAACACUUUAACUGGUGAGUUCAUAUUCCUGCAUAAAGGUGCUAAAAAUAAGUAGUUAUUAAUAACUGUAGUUGUUAGUAAGUCUGGGGUACCCAACCUGUUUGAACUAGAGGCUCUGUGAUUUAAACCAGAGCAGUUUACAUGCCUUCUGCCUGAAAUCCCUUAACAUGCCAGGGAUCAAACCCUGAACCUGAAGUCAUAAUACAAGCACCAGAAAAGUCAUGCAAUUUCCUAUAGCAUGUCUGCUACAUCGGGGUGGCGAUUAGGUAGCUCCUAGGCUUAUUUGAAGUAGCUCUCCAAGUGUUUGGUCUUGCUUCUCCCUUCCCUUCCUGCCAAUAUUGCAAAUCUGAUUAGCUAGCUGAGUGAGGGCUUAGUCUGACAUUUUUAAUCUCUCUCUUUUUGGUUGCUUGGGAUUGGUUUUACUGUAUCUAUCAAUUUCUCUCCAGUUUCUUCCCUUACAAAGCAGUUGCUCUUGCUCCCUUUCUGUGUUGCAGCAAAAUUAUCCUAGAAUUCAGGAGCUUUGAUGUUAAAACCCUUUAUUCGAUUGAUUUUUUUCUAUAAGCUGCCAUUUUGCAACUGGCUCUGCCUCUCCAAGCCACCAUUUUGUGAUUGGCUUCACCUCCCCAAGCUGCUAUUUCAUGGUGGUAGCUCCCAAGGCUCUGGAAGAAAUAAGAAAAGGUAGCUCCUGGAAGCCUUAAGUCUGCAUACCCCCGAUAUACCCCUGACAUGAUAUAAAUUUUGAGCAUGGAUCUGAUACUCCCCACUUCCUCCUUACUACUUUUUCAUACUAAAGACUACAAUGAGCAUAGAACGGUAUCAAAGAAUGGGCAUAUGUGGAAAUACUUGUGUUAUGACAUACUCUUUGUUUGCAUGGUAUUUAAGAAAUAGCAUUUGUACCUUUCACCAUUACAUGAAGAAAAACAUGAACAUUUUGAAAACCUAUGGAAUUUUACACUUUCCAGUGUUGGGGGGUGGAGGGCAGGGAAGGCAAUCUAAUAUGUUUUUUUGCAAAAACUGCAUUUUUCUAUUUGUGUUCCUUGGGAUCGUUACAAAAAAGCCCACCUUCCUUUCCUCCCUCAGUAUAUUUGUUUUGAGAUUAUCAUCUCUAAUUUCAAUUUAAAACAAAUAAACUUUGUAAGCAA